CUAUCUGUGUGUAUAAUCUGUGUAUCUACGCUACAACAUGACCUAUAGUGUACGUCGUUGCGUCGUGCGUAGCGGGUGGGACAACGCUCGUGCACUGCAUUGUUGUGGGGGGAGAGCUCGAGCUUGCAGUUGCAGCCUCGAAAUGGUUCCAGGCUAUAGGGAAGAAGCCAAUUCAGAUCCUUGAGAAAAUGCUUUUAUGCUGAUGAUAGAACCCAGUUUAAUAUUUAACAAGACCCAGAGGGCUCCCAACUGCAUUCUUCUCCUUUAUUACUGAAAACGCCUAAACAUCUCCCGCUGGAUGAGAACAUUGUGUACGGAAUUACAGCCACUGAGCAGGCCACAUCGCCAUUGCUUUCAAAGGCUGUUGACAAGCUACUAUCUACAACCAGCAAAGCUGUUUCUAAUUCUAAGCUGUUCAGGUGUCGAGGAUGAGGAAGAAGGCUCGGCACCACAGGGUCCCCGAGCCCCAGCGGCCGCCCUCCCCCAUCCAGCCGUCCCCCAACAAACCGACUCUGACCUAUGCCCAGGCCCAGCGCAUGGUGGACAUGGAGAUUGAUGGCCGGAUGCACCGGAUCAGCAUCUACGACAAGCUGGACGUGAUCUCGGACGAUGACCCUACGGCUCAGGAGAUUAUGGAGUGCACCAGCAACAAGGAGAACAUGGAGAAGCCUCAGCAGACGCCAAUGCGCUCCGUCCGGUUAAAAAACAACCAGGAGAAGAGAAGUGCAGCUGCGGUCGCACAGAACCACACAACACGUGGAGCUGCAGCAGCACCAGUACAGACACUUCCAGAGGCCAAGGUCCGGACGGUGGAGUAUAACCUACCAGCGGUCCCCAGGAGACCCCCAGUGUACUAUAAGUAUGUGGAGAAGACGUCAGAGGAGUUGGAUGAGGAGGUGGAGUAUGAUAUGGAUGAGGAGGACUACGCCUGGCUGGAAGUAGUUAACGACAAGAGGAGGAGUGAGGGCGUCAGUCAGGUGUCCCACAACGUGUUUGAGUUCCUGGUGGACCGCUUUGAGAAAGAGACACAGAUGGAGAAGGUGAGCCAGGGCCAGGACAAGCUGACCAUAGACGAGGACGCUGUCUGCUGCAUCUGCAUGGAUGGAGACGGCCAGGACAGCAACGUCAUCCUCUUCUGUGACAUGUGCAACUUGGCCGUGCACCAAGAGUGUUACGGUGUUCCUUACAUCCCAGAGGGACAGUGGCUGUGCCGGCACUGCCUCCAGUCGCCCACCCAGCCUGCAGGCUGCAUACUGUGCCCUAACAAAGGCGGCGCAGUGAAAAAGACUGACGAUGACCGCUGGGGUCAUGUGGUGUGCGCCCUGUGGGUGCCGGAGGUAGGGUUUUCCAACACUGUCUUCAUCGAGCCCAUCGACGGAGUCAGCAACAUACCGUCCGCUCGCUGGAAGCUCACCUGCUACCUCUGUAAGGAGAAGGGGGUGGGGGCCUGUAUCCAGUGUCACAAGGCUAACUGCUACACAGCCUUCCACGUCAGCUGUGCUCAGAAAGCAGGACUCUUUAUGAAGAUGGAACCAAUCAAGGAGUUUACAGAGACCGGCGAACCAACGUUUUCGGUGAAGAAGACUGCUUACUGUGGGGCUCACACCCCCAACAGCUCGGUCAGACGACCUCUCACCAUCUACGAGGACGCCAAACCCCAAAAUGGAUUGUGUUCCCCUCUGAAAGGGGAGAAGAUGAGGGGCGCCAAAUCACUGACGAAAGGCAGGAGGAGGAAGAGCAAGAAGGUGGAGCCAGAGGAAGAGGUCCCACUCGUGGCCGUGCCUAGCUUUCCUCCCCAAAGGUUAAACACCAUCCUCAAUCGGGUGUCUAUGCAGAAAAAGAAGGUGUUUGUGGAGCUGGCUCUAAACUACUGGACUCUAAAGAGACAGGCGAGGAACGGAGUACCCCUCAUCAGACGACUACAGUCCAGCCAACAGUCCCAUCAGAAGACCCAUGCUGCACAGCCGAAGGAGAGUGAGGAGGAGAGCCGGGCUCUGAAGGAGCAGCUCAAGGAGUGGCAUUGUCUAAGACAUGACCUGGAGAGAGCCAGGCUAUUGCUGGAGCUCAUACGCAAGCGGGAGAAACUCAAGAGAGAAGAGAUGAAACUGCAGCAGAGCCUGUUAGAGGUCCAGCUGACUCCCUUCAGUAUCCUGCUCAGGUCUGUGCUGGAACAGCUACAAGAGAGAGACCAGUCCUUGAUCUUUGCCCAGCCUGUCGACAUCAAAGAGGUGCCUGACUACCUUGACCACAUCAAGAACCCCAUGGAUUUCUCCACUAUGAGGAAACGCAUUGACGACCAGGCCUACAGCAACCUGGAUGACUUUGAGUCUGACUUCAAUCUCAUCAUCUUCAACUGCAUGAAGUACAACUGUAAGGAUACCUUCUUCCACCGGGCGGCCGCCCGUCUCCGAGACCAAGGUGGGGCUUUGAUCAGGAAGACGCGGAGGGAUGUGGAACGAAUCGGCUUCGAGAAGGACAGCGGGAUGCACCUGUCCGAACCGCCCAAGAUCGAAGCGCCUCCACCGUUUUCCUGGGAGGACGUGGACCAGUUAUUGGUCCCAGCCAACCGGCAGCGCAUGCCUCUGGAGGAGCAGCUGAAAGAGCUGCUGGAGAAACUGGACCUGACAUUCUCCAUGAAGUCCAGCCCGUCACGCUCCAAACGCCUCAAGCUGCUCAAGAAGACCAUCAACGACGUGCGCAGCGAGAUGAGCUUCGGCCUGAGGAGGGCGUCCCACCACUCCCAUUCGCAUUGUUCUUACUCCCAGCCAGAAAGGAGUAAAGCUGGGGAGGCAGAGGGUGUGAAGACCAAUGGACAGAGUCCUGAUAAUGAGGGGGACAAAUCAUUACCUCCCAAAUUGGAACCCUCUGACUCCCUAACUCCUCUCCUGAACUUCGAGAGUAACUUAGAACCCCCUACCCUCAAACCCAUCCACACCCCGGACAGCAAGACCCACGGACAGGUCAAAUUUGACCGGGAGAAACCCAACAACGCUUCCUCCACCACUACCCUUCUCAAUGGCCACUCCGACUCCCAGAACCCCCUGCUUCUUUCAAAGGGGGACGUGAGUGUGGUGGCCACCUCCACCCUGGCCCAACCCUCGGGGACGACUGUCAACCGCCGCACUGCCGUGCUCUUCAGGAAGUCCAAGACCUCUAGCCCUGGGAAGAACCAGGGGGGGAGAGGAGGCGACGAAGCCCAGACAGGGUGCCCUCAGCUGGGCACCAAGACCUUCCUGUCGGUAAUGAUCCCCAGGCUGGAGACCCUCCUCCACCCAAGGACUAGGAAGAGGAGCCACAGUCCACGUGGGGUGUACAGCGAGGGGGGUGGAGACAGGGAGGACGAGUCCCCUGUCAAACACAUUAACACAGGCCUGUCUAAUGGUUUUGCGAUGGAGGAGGUAAUUGAUGAAGAGAAGGAGCUAAGUGACAGCAGGCCUCUAGAAACCAGGAGACGGUGUGCCUCUGAGUCCAGCAUCUCAUCUAGUGGUAGUCUGCUGGGCAGCACCAGCAGCACCCUCAGUCUUCCAGCAUGUGGUAAAGGCAAACCGGCCCUGGUCCGAAGAAACACUGUGGAUGAUAAGAACGACCUCAUUGCCUGUAUAGAAACCGGGAACUUUGCCAGAGCUGCUAGGAUUGCCGCCGAAGUUGGCAAUAGCAAUAUUUGGAUGCCUGCUAGUGCUGCAACAGUUGUUCUGGAACCUCUAAAGCUAGUUUGGGCAAAAUGUAGCGGAUACCCUUCCUAUCCUGCCUUGAUCGUCGACCCCCACAUGCCCCGGGUGGGGUGCCAGCACAACGGGGUGUCUAUCCCUAUGCCCCCCCUUGACGUCCUCCGGGUCGGAGAACGGAUGCAGUACAAGAACGAAGAAAAACUCUUCCUCGUUCUUUUCUUUGACAACAAACGCAGCUGGCAAUGGCUUCCUAAGUCUAAGAUGGUCCCACUGGGGAUUGACAAGACCAUCGACAAGAUCAAGAUGAUGGAGGGCAGAACGUCCAGCAUCCGUAAGGCUGUUCAGACUGCCUUCAAACGUGCCAUGAACCAUCUUAGCAUCGUUCAGGAUGAACCUGUCAGCGACAUGAGUGACGUGGACUAACACACACACACACACACACACACACUCCAUUACACACACACACUCCAUUACACACAGACACCCAACCCCCUGAAUUACUGCUCAUGGCCUUGUCCUGUACCGGAGUCUGGCAUACUCUCCUUCUCCUCUUCGUCAGUCUUUCCAGAGUUCUAUGCUGACUGUGUUUACCAGGUGCCUGGCUACCCCCUUGGCUUGAUAUGGUGCCUCCUUCCUCGUCAGCCCCCGCCCGCUGGUCUGACGGCUGCUGCUUUAAUGAAUGUGCCCGAGUUCCCCUCCUAUCAACCUUUCUCCAAGGUCGUGUUCUAAUUGAAAACUAAUUGAAACAGGGUGGGUUUAAUGGACUUGCCCAAAAAGAAACGCUCAUUUCCGUUUUCUUUCAAAACAGUUUUGAUAUGUUUCCUGUUGUGUUCCAUAAGGAACAUGACCCCAUGACUGUGCUGCAAGACUGCUGCCAUGAUCCUCCUCUAUUCCCUAUGACCAUGCCACUGCCAAGAUGGGCUGCUUCUUCCUCACCUCACUCAUCUAACCUUAUGCCAUUUAUUUCCACCCAAAACUACCUACUAUGUUUUAAAGUUAACUGUAAAUAACUGCAAUAUUUGUCUGACACACUAACUUAUUGUGUAGAUUGAAAGAAAUUGGUACUGUACAAUGGCUUUUCUUACUAGUAUUUAUACUUUUUGGUGAAUUAUGUAAGCACUACGGUGUGGUAUUUCCAAGUUCUGUGAAAAUAAGACGAGUGUAAAAAUCCUUAGCAGUGUAAAAUGUUUUUUUUCCCCCCCUUUUUUUCCUUUUACAGUUUUUGUAUUUUCUUUAAGUUAUUGAAGUUUCUAAAUGUAAGCUUCCCUUUGGCAUUAGUUAUUUUGUAAUAUUUUUUUUAACGAUAGUUUUAGUAUAUUUUGUUCGUACAUAUUUAUAUGAUUGAGUGCCUUCGGAAAGUAUUCAGACCCCUUGACUUUUUGUGAGGUUACAGCCUUAUUCUAAACUGUAUUAAAUUGUUUUUUCCCACCUCAUCUACACACAAUACCCCAUAAUGACAAGGCAAAAACAGGUUUUUAGAAAUGUUUGCUAAUUUAUAAAAAAUAAAAACUGAUAUCACAUUUUACCUAAGUAUUCAGACCCUUUACUCAGUACUUUGUGAAAGCACCUUUGGCAGCGAUUUUAGCCUCGAGUCUUCAUGGGUAUGACACUACAAAUCUGUCACGCCUGUAUUUGGGGAGUUUCUCCCGUUCUCUGCAGAUCUUCUCCAGCUCUGUCAGGUUGGAUGGGGAGUGUUGCUACACAGCUAUUUUCAGGUCUCUCCGGAGUUGUUCGAUCGGGUACAAGUCCGGGCACUGGCUGGGCCACUCAAUGACAUUCAGAGACUUCUCCCAAAGCCACUACUGUGUUGUCUUGGCUGUGUGCUUAGGGUCGUUGUCCUGUUGGAAUGUGAACCUUCACUCCAGUCUGAGGUCCUGAGCGCUCUGGAGCAGAUUUUCAUCAAGGAUCUCUCUGUUCUGCUCUGUUCAUUUAUGCCUCGAUCCUGACUAGUCUUCCAGGCCCUACCACUGAAAAACAUCCCCACAGCAUAAUGCUGCUACCACCAUGCUUCACUGUAGGGAUGGUGCCGGGUUUCCUCCAGAUGUGACACUUGGCAUUCAGGCCAAAGAGUUAAAUCUUGGUUUUAUCAGACCAGAGAAUCUUGUUUCACAUGGUAUGAGAGUCUUUAGGUGCCUUUUGGCAAACUCCUAGCGGGCUGUCAUGUGCCUUUUACUGAGGAGUGGCUUCCGUCUGGUCACUACCAUAAAGGCCUGAUUGGUAGAGUGCUGCAGAGAUGGUUGUCCUUCUGGACGGUUCUCCAAUCUCCACAGAGGAACUCUAGAGCUCUGUCAGAGUGACCACCGGCUUCUUGGUCACCUCCCUGACCAAGGCCCUUAUCGCCCUUUUUUGCUCAGUUUGGCUGGGUGGCCAGCUCUAGGAAUUCUUGGUGGUUCCAAACUUAUUCCAUUUAAGAAUGAUGGAGGCCAAUGUGUUCUUGGGGACCUUCAAUGCUGCAGACAUUUUUUGGUACCCAGAUCUGGGCCUCAACACAAUCCUGUCUCGGAGCUCUACGGACAGUCCCUUCCACUUCGUGGCUUGGUUUUUGCUCUGACAUGCACUGUCAACUGUGAGACCUUUAUAUAGACAGGUGUGUGCCUUUCCAAAUCAUGUCCAAUCAAUUUAAUUUACCACAGGUGGACAAGCAAUCAAUUUGUAGAAACAUCUCAAGGAUGGUCAAUGGAAACAGGAUGCACCUGAGCUCAAUUUCAAGUCUCAUAGCAAAGGUCUGAAUACUUAUGUAAAUAAGUUAUUUAUGUUUUUUAUUUGUAAUACAUUUUCAGCAUUUCUAAAAACCUGUAUUUUUAAAAAUCCAUUUUAGAAUAAGGCUGUAGCGUAACGUGAAGAAAGUCAAGGGUUCUGAAUGCUUUCCGAAGGCGUGUGUGUAUAAUUUUUUGCCCCACUGUGUGUGUAAUAUAUAUAUAUAUAUAUAUAUAUAUUGUGCAAGUUCUCCCACUUAAAAAGAUGAGAGAGGCCUGUAAUUUUCAUCAUGGGUACACUUCAACUAUGACAGACAAAAUGAGAAAGAAAAUCCAGAAAAUCACAUUGUAGGAUUUUUUUAUGAAUUUAUUUGCAAAUUAUGGUGAAAAAUAAGUAUUUGGUCAAUAACAAAAGUUUAUCUCAAUACUUUGUUAUAUACCCUUUGUUGGCAAUGACAGAGGUCAAACGUUUCUGUAAGUCUUCACAAGGUUUUCACACACUGUUGCUGGUAUUUUGGCCCAUUCCUCCAUGCAGAUCUCCUCUAGAGCAGUGAUGUUUUGGGGCUGUUGCUGGGCAACACGGACUUUCAACUCCCUCCAAAGAUUUUCUAUGGGGUUGCGAUCUGGAGACUGGCUAGGCCACUCCAGGACCUUGAAAUGCUUCUUACGAAGCCACUCCUUCUUUGCCCGGGCGGUGUGUUUGGGAUCAUUGUCAUGCUGAAAGACCCAACCACGUUUCAUCUUCAAUGCCCUUGCUGAUGGAAGGAGGUUUUCACUCAAAAUCUCACGAUACAUGGCCCCAUUCAUUCUUUCCUUUACACGGAUCAGUCGUCCUGGUCCCUUUGCAGAAAAACAGCCCCAAAGCAUGAUGUUUCCACCCCCAUGCUUCACAGUAGGUAUGGUGUUCUUUGGAUGCAACUCAGCAUUCUUUGUCCUCCAAACACGACGAGUUGAGUUUUUACCAAAAAGUUAUAUUUUGGUUUCAUCUGACCAUAUGACAUUCUCCCAAUCUUCUUCUGGAUCAUCCAAAUGCUCUCUAGCAAACUUCAGACGGGCCUAGACAUGUACUGGCUUAAGCAGGGGGACACGUCUAGCACUGCAGGAUUUGAGUCCCGGGCGGCGUAGUGUGUUACUGAUGGUAGGCUUUGUUACUUUGGUCCCAGCUCUCUGCAGGUCAUUCACUAGGUCCCCCCGUGUGGUUCUGGGAUUUUUGCUCACAUUUCUUGUGAUCAUUUUGACCCCACGGGGUGAGAUCUUGCGUGGAGCCCCAGAUCGAGGGAGAUUAUCAGUGGUCUUGUAUGUCUUCCAUUUCCUAAUAAUUGCUCCCACAGUUGAUUUCUUCAAACCAAGCUGCUUACCUAUUGCAGAUUCAGUCUUCCCAGCCUGGUGCGGGUCUACAAUUUUGUUUCUGGUGUCCUUUGACAGCUCUUUGGUCUUGGCCAUAGUGGAGUAUGGAGUGUGACUGUUUGAUGUUGUGGACAGGUGACUUUUAUACUGAUAACAAGUUCAAACAGGUGCCAUUAAUACAGGUAACGAGUGGAGGACAGAGGAGCCUCUUAAAGUUACAGGUCUGUGAGAGCCAGAAAUCAUGCUUGUUUGUAGGUGACCAAGUACUUAUUUUCCACCAUAAUUUGCAAAUAAAUUCAUAAAAAAUCCUACAAUGUGAUUUUCUGGAGAAAAAUAUCAUUUUGUCUGUCAUAGUUGAAGUGUACCUAUGAUGAAAUUUACAGGCCUCUCAUCUUUUUUUAAGUGGGAGAACUUGCACAAAUGGUGGCUGACUAAAUACUUUUUUGCCCCACUGUAUGUGUGUGUAUAUAUACAGUGCCUUGCGAAAGUAUUCAUCCCCCUUGAACUUUGCGACCUUUUGCCACAUUUCAGGCUUCAAACAUAAAGAUAUAAAACUGUAUUUUUUUGUGAAGAAUCAACAAGUGGGACACAAUCAUGAAGUGGAAUGACAUUUAUUGGAUAUUUCAAACUUUUUUAACAAAUCAAAAACUGAAAAAUUGGGCGUGCAAAAUUAUUCAGCCCCUUUACUUUCAGUGCAGCAAACUCUCUCCAGAAGUUCUGUGAGGAUCUCUGAAUGAUCCAAUGUUGACCUAAAUGACUAAUGAUGAUAAAUACAAUCCACCUGUGUGUAAUCAAGUCUCUGUAUAAAUGCACCUGCACUGUGAUAGUCUCAGAGGUCCGUUAAAAGUGCAGAGAGCAUCAUGAAGAACAAGGAACACACCAGGCAGGUCCGAGAUACUCUUGUGAAGAAGUUUAAAGCCAGAUUUGGAUACAAAAAGAUUUCCCAAGCUUUAAACAUCCCAAGGAGCACUGUGCAAGCGAUAAUAUUGAAAUGGAAGGAGUAUCAGACCACUGCAAAUCUACCAAGACCUGGCCGUCCCUCUAAACUUUCAGCUCAUACAAGGAGAAGACUGAUCAGAGAUGCAGCCAAGAGGCCCAUGAUCACUCUGGAUGAACUGCAGAGAUCUACAGCUGAGGUGGGAGACUCUGUCCAUAGGACAACAAUCAGUCGUGUAUUGCACACAUCUGGCCUUUAUGGAAGAGUGGCAAGAAGAAAGCCAUUUCUUAAAGAUAUCCAUAAAAAGUGUUGUUUAAAGUUUGCCACAAGCCACCUGGGAGACACACCAAACAUGUGGAAGAAGGUGCUCUGGUCAGAUGAAACCAAAAUUGAACUUUUUGGCAACAAUGCAAAACGUUAUGUUUGGCGUAAAAGCAACACAGCUCAUCACCCUGAACACAACAUCCCCACUGUCAAACAUGGUGGUGGCAGCAUCAUGGUUUGGGCCUGCUUUUCUUCAGCAGGGACAGGGAAGAUGGUUAAAAUUGAUGGGAAGAUGGAUGGAGCCAAAUACAGGACUAUUCUGGAAGAAAACCUGAUAUAGUCUGCAAAAGACCUGAGACUGGGACGGAGAUUUGUCUUCCAACAAGACAAUGAUCCAAAACAUAAAGCAAAAUCUACAAUGGAAUGGUUCAAAAAUAAACAUAUCCAGGUGUUAGAAUGGCCAAGUCAAAGUCCAGACCUGAAUCCAAUCGAGAAUCUGUGGAAAGAACUGAAAACUGCUGUUCACAAAUGCUCUCCAUCCAACCUCACUGAGCUCGAGCUAUUUUGCAAGGAGGAAUGGGAAAAAAUUUCAGUCUCUCGAUGUGCAAAACUGAUAGAGACAUACCCCAAGCGACUUACAGCUGUAAUUGCAGCAAAAGGUGGCGCUACAAAGUAUUAACUUAAGGGGGCUGAAUAAUUUUGCACGCCCAAUUUUUCCGUUUUUGAUUUGUUAAAAAAGUUUGAAAUAUCCAAUAAAUGUCUUUCCACUUCAUGAUUGUGUCCCACUUGUUGUUGAUUCUUCACAAACAAAUACAGUUUUAUAUAUUUAUGUUUGAAGCCUGAAAUGUGGCAAAAGGUCGCAAAGUUCAAGGGGGCCGAAUACUUCGCAAGGCACUGUAAAUAUCUGUAUAAUUCAGAUGCUCACAUGUUGGGAAGUAUUUUGUUGUUAUGGAAACCGAAAGUGCGUUGUUCUCAAGAAACCAAAAAUCUUGCUGCCCAGAUUAUUUUAUACUUGGAUUUGUUUGUGCCUGUGGUUUGAAAGUUUAUUGAAAAAAAAAUGGUUAAAAGUUUAUUUUUUACAACAGGAUUGUGACUGUUACUUACUUCUAGGACCUUUAUUGUAGACUUAGGAAGAUGUGCCUGUUAUUUAUUGUAAAGUAUUACUUUAUAUUUUAGAAUCAUGUAAGAGUUUCUAGUGGUUAUUGGCUCAUUUUGUGGUGAAUCCUUGGGUUGCUUUACUUCUGGUUAAUUUGAUGGUUUAGCUUGUAAACUUCAUAACAUUCUUUUAUAGUAAGUUCUUUUUCUGGGUAGCAUUGGGUAAUUUUGGAUAAAUUCAUUUUUAGUUGAUUUCUUUUUUUAUCAUCAGGCCUAUUGCUUGGGACUGUCCUUCCUUUUUAUCAAGACACAGAUAAUAAAAAGACCAGGAUGUAAAAUCA